AUUAAGACUGUAAUGAGGAACUCAAUUAUAGGGAUUCUUGAAGCUAACUGGUCGACAAUUUAACAAUAUUUAGAUGUUAAAGCAAAUGAAUGUUUCGGUUCAGUCUCUUCAAACCUCGAAACCCACUUAGUGCAACAUUCCAAAACAUGGAAUGGAGGUGAAUUUGGGAGAGUUACAUUCAAUCUAGGGUUAAGUCAUUGGGGGAAAGAGAGAGAGAGAGAGAAAUGAAGGAGUUGAUUGGGAGUCCAGGGACAUUGAGUGGGCUAGUUCUGAGAUUAGGGCAAUGUGGAUUUGCGGCUGCUUCCAUUGGAGUCAUGGCCUCUGCUGCUGGCUUCUCUAGCUACACUGCUUUCUGCUAUUUGAUUGCAUCAAUGGGGCUUCAAAUGCUGUGGAGCUUUGGACUUGCAUGCCUUGAUAUUUAUGCUUUAAGGAGGAAUAGAGACCUCCAAAAUCCAGUCCUAGUCAGCCUGUUUGUUGUAGGUGAUUGGGUGACAGCAAUGUUAUCACUUGCAGCUGCAUGCUCAUCAGCAGGGGUAACAGUUCUGUAUGUGAGAGACUUGAAUUUUUGCAGGGAACAAGAUCAUCUUCUUUGUGGCAGGUUUGAGAUUUCAGUAGUUUUGGCUUUCAUCACCUGGGCUUUGAUUGCCAUAUCAUCUCAUGUGAUGUUCUGGAUCUUAGCCUCCGUUUAGACCACUCAAUGAUUGGGGCUGACUAGCUGCCCACAAUCAAAAUAUACACAUGACUUGUAUCUUUGUUUGACAUGUAAAUGUUGCCUUGUGUUUCUCUCUUUAACAUGGUUUCCCAGUUCAGUUGCAUUUAUUUUGUCGACUUUGCUUCUUGCUGCCAUGGAUUGAGUUCCAGCUUAUAAUGUUCUCGACUUUGUUGCCCUCCGUUCAAGCUAGCCAUGUGGAUCAAAUAAGACAUGGAUCUUGGAGACUGGAGCGAUCCCCCUUGCACUUGUAUUUGUCCCAUUUCCAUUUCUGUGAUGGAGAGACUGGUGCCAGUUUUUAUCAGGCAAUUAAUACCAAAGCUUCAAAAUACAGACAUGUCUUAAGCAUCUGUGUUGAUUACCAUUAAUUAAUUUUGUAGAACGGUAGAUAAUGGUUUAGAAAUCCACCAGCGAAAUGACCAGUGUCGAACCAAAAACUAACUAACUAACCAUCAUCCAAAGCCGGCAAAAUAGCUCCACCUGCCGGUAGACACCACAACAUUCAGAUUCCUGAGCCUCCAACUCGUCACCAUGGUUUCUCAAGUCGUGAUAUUCCCUCACUGUUCGGGACAAUGUGUUGUUUUGUUGGCUAAAUGUUGAUUUUGGAAUAUAACUAUGGAUAAUUUGUCGAAUGUUGGUUCUGUAAUUUACCAUAUGUUGUCCGGUAGAUGGCUCAGCCAUCAAUUUAUAUGAUUAUUGAUG